UUUUACUUCAUUUGCCAAAAGCAAUCAUGCUAAAGGGAAAGAAUGGUACUUCUGGGGAGACAGGAAAAGUCGGACCGGAGGGAUCAAGAGGAUUGCCUGGUCUGCCAGGGGUGAAAGGAGAAAAGGGGGACCCGGGGCCUGAAGGUAGACCCGGUAUAACGGGGCCAUCGGAACUAGUGCCACGUGGUGCAAAGGGGAAUCCCGGAGAAAAAGGAAUGCCUGGUUCCCCGGGGACCCCAGGACCACCCGGCGAUCCUGGUUUGCCAGGAAAAAUAGGAGCAAAAGGAGACCCGGGAUUACCUGGUCCGAAGGGUAACCCUGGAGUUUCCACCUCUAUCUCAGCCGAACAAUUCUAUAUGCUUCAGAAAAAAGUAGAUAAUCUCCAAAAUGUGCAUGUUGCUACGGGUGCCCCUGGAAUACCUGGUCCAAAGGGACCAAGAGGUGACAGAGGUCAAACCGGUUACCCGGGCGACAUGGGACCACGUGGGUUUAAAGGUGUAAAGGGCGACAUGGGACCACGUGGUCCACGUGGUCCAAAAGGUGUACCUGGAGAGCCUGGUUCACGCGGAGAGCGAGGUAAACCAGGUAAACUUGGACCACGUGGAGAGCCGGGAAUCAAGGGGGUAGAAGGAAGGCCAGGAAGACGUGGCACUCAGGGAUUUCCUGGGGAAAAGGGGGAGAGGGGGGAGACGGGACAAAGUGGCCCCAUGGGACCAAAGGGUGAACCAGGAAGCAUUCCACCAGAACUGACAGUUCAAGCUUUUGAAGAUCUAUUGGAUCGCAUGGCAGUACUUGAAGAAAAAAUGCGAAACUGUUCUUGUGAAACCCCGACAACAGCUUCCCCUGAAGAUGAAGAUACAAUAUCAGAAGAUAUAAAGAACUGUAAUAUGACGUAUUUUCCUCCACCGCCACUUCCGGUCAAUGAUGUUCUCCGCCGGAAGCUGAUGAAGGAACUGACGGUCCCGAAAGUGGACAGAGAGUGCAUUAGCUUCGCUUUACAGUAUUACGAGAACUGUGGUGGACAAAUGGACUAUAAUAAAUAUGUCAGCAAUACCCAAAUAAAAUAAUCAUAAGUAAUAAAUGGGCAGAAGUUUAUUGAGGUUAAGUCCCGAAAUAUUCACUAGAGAACUAUCUUUGUUUUUUUUAAUAUGUGACAGUUCUGUAUCUUUUAUACGUUUAAUACAGUGACAAGCUUGAACUUGUUGGAAAUAAUACUUACCCAGUCUUUAUUGUUAGAUUAAAGCAUUUGAAAGCAUCGAAUCAAAUCUCACAGUCGUAGUCAUAUAGCUGAGUUCCAUGUAUUUAUAAGGUUUAACAAUUAUAUACUCUUCGAUGAGAUGAAUUAAAAUAAGUGAAAAAUAUAA